AUGGUAACUAUGACAACCAGUCGUGAAUUUGAGCCUAGUCACGGUCCCCUAAAGCAGAAGAGCCGUCUCGGUGCCGGCCAGCACAGUAGUUCUUCUGCCUUCAGCGAUCUGUGGUUUGUUGGCCCUAGGUCCGUCUCAAGGUCGUAUGUACUUGAAGAAGAAUAAGUGGUCUCAGGGAACGUCAUAGUUACUCCAAAAUCUAGAUUUUUAUAUCGUAUCUUCUUCAUUCCGAUGUCAUUGCUCGAAUGUAUGCGUGAGUCUCCUGAGCGUUCACUCCUCUAUUUGGGUCCGCAUAACUGCACUUACUACGGAGACCCAGUCCUUCUGAUUGUCGAGCGGUAUCUUCCCGAGACAUGUUCCUCCUCAAAAUGGUAG